CACACUUGUCACCAAUUUUCUCAUCCAAAACUCAAAAACACGCCAAAAGAAACCAAUUAACACAAUGGCAAUUAAGUUCUUUCUUCUCUUGAUAUUACUAUCUCAAGUAGCAUCUUCUUUCUCACAAGGAUGCCACCCACAUGACAAAAAAGCCCUUCUCCAAAUCAAGAAAGAACUCAACAACCCAACUCUUCUCUCUUCAUGGAAACCAAACACUGACUGUUGCCACUCUAAUUGGUAUGGUGUUAGUUGCAUACCCUCUAACCGCGUUUACUUUCUAAUUAUCGAAAUCGACAACGACCUUGCUUCUUCCUUUCCUCCCUCUAUUGGUAACUUACCAUACUUGGACAGUCUACUUAUAUAUCAAUUACCAAACCUUACCGGCACAAUCCCUCGGUCCAUAACCAAACUCACCAACCUCAGAUCCCUCACAAUCAGUGCAACUAGCAUAUCAGGUCCAAUACCAAACUUCAUUGCCGAAUUGAAAAGCCUCACUUACUUGGAUCUUUCAGAUAAUCAUCUCUCUGGGACACUCCCUCCGAACCUCUCCCAGUUGCUUAAUCUUGAAGCAAUCAUCCUUCAAAACAACAGAUUAACAGGUCCAAUCCCUCCUUCAUACGGUUACAUAAAAAACAUAUCCAGUUUAUUUCUCUCUCACAACAAGCUUUCUGGGAAACUCCCAAUCUCAUUGGCAAGGUUGAACUCACUGGUCGUCGAUUUGUCUCAUAACCGAUUUGAAGGUGAUGCAUCGAUGUUAUUUGGUUUAGCUAAACAGACAGAAACAAUAGACCUUUCGUGGAACAUGUUUUCGUAUGACAUGGGAAAGCUAGAGUUGCCUAAGAGCUUAAGACUUUUAGAUAUGAGUCACAAUCAGGUUUAUGGGAAACUCCCUGAGGGUGUGAAGAAUUUGCAGUGGUUGAAUGUGAGUUACAAUAGGCUGUGCGGUGAGAUUCCAAAGUUUGGUUAUUUGUCGACCUUUGAUGUAUCUUCGUUUGUUCAUAACAAGUGCUUGUGUGGUUCUCCUCUUCCAAACUGCAAGUGAAUAUAGUUUUCAUGUAAUGUGCAGUAAUUUUGUAUGUUUUGUAAGGAAAAAUAAAAUAAUUGCAUUUCAUUCAUAAUCAACGGAAAGAAGGAUAUGGAUGGUUUAGCAAAGUUGUGGACAAUCAAAAUAAAUAGUAUAUAUCAACGUUGUUUAAAUUUCAACAUUUCCAAUGGUAUUAUGCAAAGUCUUUACUCAUUUCAAUUGUUCUAAGGUGGCUAAUGCAUGUUUU